UUAUAUCAUGCCACCCCAAGCCCUGUCAUUUUUAACAGCAGUGGCUCAGUUAACAUCUAUUCACUGAAAAUGAUCGGAAACCUGAAAGAGGAAAACUGCACCACUCUGUUUCCUGAUUUAAACACCAGUCAUACAGACACAUACUUCCUCCGAAUUCAGAACUGGCCGUUUAUGUCAACGGCUGUUUGUGAGCCUGUUCAGAUAAAAGUAAGAGAUUCUCCUUGGAGUCCCAGCAUUAACAUCCCUGCUGAUCUGAAGGAGCAUCAGUCUGUCACUAUCAGCUGCUCAGCUUUGACUCCCUGUCCACACUCACCUCCUGAACUCACCUGGAGUCUCCAACAAGACUCUCACAGACAAACAGAGAAAAACACAGAGGGAACCUUUACAACUAAAAUCCAGGAGACCAUCACUCUGUCAGACACACAUGAUGGAUACAACAUCAGAUGUUCUGCCACAUAUCCUGUGAAUGGAGGAAGCAAGACAGCAGAGACAGAAGUGACUCUCAGUGUUUCAUAUGCUCCUAGAAACACCUCAGCAUCCAUCAGUCCAUCAGGUUUGGUGUCAGCAGGUAGCUGGGUGGAGCUGAGCUGCUCCAGCAGAGCCAAGCCUCCUGCCAGCUUCACCUGGUUCUGGAACAGCAGACAUGGAGCCUUUAAUGUAUCUGUGGGGCAGGUUUACAGCUUCAAUGCUACUGAGGGAGGAGAGUAUUACUGUGUGGCUACAAAUGAUCUGGAUUCUCCUUGGAGUCCCAGCAUUAACAUCCCUGCUGAUCUGAAGGAGCAUCAGUCUGUCACUAUCAGCUGCUCAGCUUUGACUCCCUGUCCAGACUCACCUCCUGAACUCACCUGGAGUCUCCAACAAGACUCUCACAGACAAACAGAGAACAACAAAGAGGGAACCUUUACAACUAAAAUCCAGGAGACCAUCACUCUGUCAGACACACAUGAUGGAUACAACAUCAUCUGUUCUGCCACAUAUCCUGUGAAUGGAGGAAGCAAGACAGCAGAGACAGAAGUGACUCUCAGUGUUUCAUAUGCUCCUAGAAACACCUCAGCAUCCAUCAGUCCAUCAGGUUUGGUGUCAGCAGGUAGCUGGGUGGAGCUGAGCUGCUCCAGCAGAGCCAAGCCUCCUGCCAGCUUCACCUGGUUCUGGAACAGUAUAAAAGUGGCUGAAGGAGAAGUUCACAAAUUCUACAUUAGAGAAGGAGGAGAGUAUCACUGUGUAGCUACAAAUGAUCUGGGUAAUGCUACAUCAUCAAGAGUCUGUGUUAGAAUCAAAGAUUCUCCUUGGAGUCCCAGCAUUAACAUCCCUGCUGAUCUGAAGGAGCAUCAGUCUGUCACUAUCAGCUGCUCAGCUUUGACUCCCUGUCCACACUCACCUCCUGAACUCACCUGGAAUCUCCAACAAGACUCUCACAGACAAACAGAGAAAAACACAGAGGGAACCUUUACAACUAAAAUCCAGGAGACCAUCACUCUGUCAGAAACACAUGAUGGAUACAACAUCAGCUGUUCUGCCACAUAUCCUGUGAAUGGAGGAAACAAGACAGCAGAGACAGAAGUGACUCUCAGUGUUUCAUGUAAGUGAUCCUGUCAGCACGUCAUGGUUCAGCUGUUUCUGAUCAGUAAAGUUAAUGUG